AUGGACGAGUAUGUCGGCAUCCCACGAGACCAUGCCGAAAGCUAUCACAGCUUUAUGUACAAGCACUUCUUCUCACAUGUUGACGUGAAACCUGACAACAUCAACAUCCUCGACGGCAACGCGCCCGACCUAGAAGCUGAAUGCCAUGAGUAUGAAGAGAAGAUACAGCGUGCGGGUGGUAUCGAGCUGUUUUUAGGCGGCAUCGGACCAGAUGGGCACAUUGCCUUCAACGAGCCAGGCUCCAGCCUGAAGUCUCGAACUCGUGUGAAGACACUGGCGUACGACACCAUUCUGGCCAACUCAAGGUUCUUCGGGAACAAUCUGGAUCAAGUGCCGAGAAUGGCAUUGACAGUUGGAGUUCAGACGGUGCUGGAUGCACGCGAAGUCGUUAUUAUAAUAACGGGUGCGCACAAGGCUCUAGCCCUUCAAAGGUGCAUCGAAGGUGGUGUGAAUCACAUGUGGACACUGUCUAGUCUGCAGAUGCACCCCCACCCAAUGAUUGUGGUUGACGAGGACGCCACCUUGGAGCUGCAUGUCAAGACAGUCAAGUAUUUCAAGAGCAUCGAGAUGGUAGGAGACGAACUGGGGAUGCGCCAGAAGCUCCCUAGAAAGCGCGACUCGCUUGUGGACGAGGGUACCUUGCUAGCCCCUGACCAAGAGAACGGUAUCAGGUUGACUGUGCCGCAACUUGAUCUCUCCCGUUCAGCAAGUCCAGUCCUGGAACCAAUGAGCGCCCGCAUCAACGACGAGGAAGCAAGUGCAUUGCGUCCCGUGGACGUGGAUAUGGAUGAGGUCGCAGAUCAACCUUCGGUCCGAAUGAGCGCUCGCGUCGCCAACUAG